UCACUGAUAAAUCAUACCUUGUCAACACACCAACAACAAAACAAUCAUCACAAUGAAAGUAUUCGCCAUCUUGGUCCUCUGCGCUCUUGCCGUAGUAAAUGUCUCAGCAGACCAAUGUCCCACAGGUGGAGACAUCUACGAAUGGGGCAUUUCCGAACAAGGCAAGAGAGACGUCAUCAACGAACACAACAAAUACCGUCAGAUGAUCCUCAAUGGCACCGUUCCCAACCAACCCCGCGGCAAGAACAUCCACAUGGUCAGCUUUGACGACAAUUUGGCAUGGGAAGGCAGGAAAGUCUCCGAGAACUGUGUGAUGAACCACGUGAUUGCAUCCGAUGAUCGUUGGAGUUGGGUGGGUCAAAAUCUGUACAUCAGCUGGAGUAGUGCUCCUUCCGAUGGUCAAGAUUGGGCAGCGGCUUGCAGAUCCUGGUACAACGAACACGAGAACUUCAUUUAUCCAAAUCAAUCCAAUGGUGGUGUUACUGGUCAUUACACUCAGCUGAUCUGGGGCAAAUCUGAAUUGGUGGGUUGUGACUUUAUUUCGUUCUACGACACCACCCAGCCUUCUUAUCCAUACGCCAAGUUGUACACUUGCAAUUAUGGACCAGGUGGUAACUACAACAAUGAAGCACCUUAUGAACGAGCAUAAAUUACAUCAAAAUAAUUUGUUUUAAAAUUAUAUUUUCUUAUAAAUAAAAAAAUUGUUUAUUAAA